AUGUCGGAAUUCGAUCAGGUGGGUUGGCGAGUUUUAAAUUUUCAUAUUAUUUCUGAAUCAACCAUUCUCUCUCUCUCUCUCUCUCUCUCUCUCUCUAUCUAUCUAUCUAUCUCAGUCUUUUCAUUAUCUAUCUAUCUAUCUAUCUAUCUAUCGAUCUAUCUAUCUGUCUAUGUCUUUCAUUAUCUAUCUAUCUAUCUAUCUAUCUCUUUCUCUUCAUUAUCUCUCUCUCUCUCUCUCUCUAUCUAUCUAUCGCUUUCUCUUCAUUAUCUCUCUCUCUCUCUCUCUCUCUAUCUAUCUAUCUAUCUAUCUCUUUCUCUUCAUUAUCUAUCUAUCUAUCUCAGUCUGUUCAUAUCUAUCUAUAUAUCAAUCUAUCUCUUUCUCUUCAUUAUCUAUCUAUCUCUCUUUAUUAUCUCUCUCUCUAUCUAUCUAUCUCUCUCAGUCUGUUUAUUAUCUAUCUAUCUAUCUAUCUAUCUAUCUAUCUAUCUAUCUAUCUCAGUCUGUUCAGAUCUAUCUAUCUAUCUAUGUUCUAUUUCUAUCUCUCUCAAACUUUCUUUCUCUUUCUCUCUUUCUCUCUCUCUCUCUUUAUAUCUCGCUUUCCUUCUCUCCUUUUCCCUAUCUAUCUCUCUUUCUCUGUCUCUUUCUCUUUCUCUCUUUCUCUCUCUUUUUCUAUCUUCUUUUUAUCAAUAUUUCUCCCUUUCACUUUCUAAUUCUAAUUCUAUCUCUACAUUUCUUUCUUCUCUCUCUUUCUCUCUCUCUUUCGGUUUCUCUCACUCUCUUUCUCUCUUUAUUUCUAUAUUUCUCUCUUUCUCUCUCUUUCUCUCUCUACUUCUCUCUUUCUUUCUCUUUCUCUUUCUAUCUCUCUUUCUCUCUAUAUUUCUCUCUUUCUCUUUCUAA